CCCGGAUGGAGGACGCGGUGACGCCGUUGUCAUGGUAACGCUGGGGUCUCCUUUGCCUGCUGGUCAGAGCUUAGAAAGACAAGGGGAGGAGAACUCCCCCGGCCAUCUCUGUGACCCCAGCCGUCGCAUCUAACACAGGCAGGACAUGUUGACUAUGUACCAUAUGGACAGUCUCCUGGGGAUGAAGAUUAAAAGAAUUGAAGGGGUUUAAUAUCCUGUGACGCAUUUGAAAAGGCUUAAGGGACUUGACAGAGUCUGCUGUCACCAAGUUGCCCACUGGGUUCUGACGUACCAUCUUCCUCCCUCAGUCUUACACAUCUUAAAAUAAUAAAUCUCAAGAUCUUUGGUCUGAAAAGAAAGUAUCCCAAGACAUUGUGAGUGUGAAAAAUUGUAUUAUAUAUCAGUCAUUCUUUAACAAACUGAAAAUGAAUGAAAAUAAAGACACCGAUUCAAAAGAAAGUGGAGAAUAUGAAGAUGACUUUGAAAAGGACCUUGAGUGGUUAAUUAAUGAAAAAGAAAUUGAUGCCAGCAUAAUAGAGAUGGCUUAUGAGAAGGAAGAGAAUAUUAAUCAGGAAUUAAAAGAAAAUGAAACAGAAAUAGAACACAUGAAACAGCUUUCUGAUCUGGAUAAAUCUUUGAAGGAUGAAAUGUCACCAAGAAGAAAUGACUUUAUUUCUGUCCCAAGUAUUCAGUGUUUGGAUCGCAUAUCAGAUUCAGAUAGUGAGAACUCUUCUCAGGAAUCCAAACUAGAAAGUCAGAAAGACUUGGAGGAGGAAGAAGAUGAGGAAGUAAGCAGAUAUAUUAAGGAGAAAAUUAUACAAGCUAACAAGCUUCUACAGACCCAAGAACCCGUGGAUGAGAAAAGGGAGCGAAAACUUAAGUUCAAGGACAAAUUAGUUGAUUUGGAAGUGCCUCCACUAGAAGACAGUGAUACUUACAGAACUUAUUUUGAAAAUGAAAGUAGUAUGUCCGGAAAACUGUCACAGUUAUGCAUUUCAAGUGAGUUAGGGCAAGAAAAGGUACUCCUGUCACUUACUGAUGGAAGCUUUGAAGAAAACAAGGAUAUGAAGAUACUGGUAGAGAGAGAUGGAAAGUUUGAACUUCUGAAUUUACAAGACAUUGAGAGCCAGGGGUUUUUGCCCCCCAUUAUUAAUGCUAAUAGUACAGAACAUGAACCUCAGCAGUUGGUACUCAGAUCUCCCAACUCAUCUGUCAACGGCAUCAAGAAAGAGGAGCCCAGUGCAAAGAUACACAUUACUCAGUUAUCAACAGGAGAGCCAUCAUUGGCUUAUGUCCCUCAGCCACCACUCAACCCCAAGACUCAUCCUCGCUCUGCUGCCACCUCAGAUCGAAAUAAAGCAAAUGGGAAAUCUCAUCAUCGGACACAGUCUGCCAAUAUAUCGCCAGUGACCUCAACAUACUAUCUUUCCCUUCAACAGAAAGAACUCCAGAAACAGCUAGAAAAGAAGAGAGAAAAGCUUAAGAGAGAGGAACAACAACGAAAAAUAGAAGAAGAGAAACAAAAGAAAAAAGAGAACGACAUGGUCUUCAAAGCAUGGUUGCAAAAAAAGAGAGAAAAGGUUGUAGAAAUGAGGAGAAUCCAGCGAGCUAAGCAAAUUGAGGAUAUGAGCAACAGACAAGAAGAAAGAGAUCCACAAGAAGCUUUUCGAUUAUGGCUUAAGAAAAAGCAUGAAGAGCAGAUGAAAGAAAGAAAGACAGAAGAACUGAGAAAGCAAGAGGAAUGCUUAUUUUUCCUCAAAGGAACAGAAGGCCGGGAAAAGGCUUUUAAACAAUGGCUAAGAAGGAAACGAAUAGAAAAAAUAGCAGAGCAACAAGCUGUCGAAGAGAGGGCUAGACAGCUCCGAUUAGAAGCAAGACGUUCCAAAUACUUACAGAACCACCUGUGGAAUAUGUCAGAAGCCAAGGCUUUUCGUUUUACUGAUUAUUAUAACUGAAAGUAUCCAUUAAACAUCUGGCAGCUACUAUGAUCAAAA